GCUCGCAUAUCAGUCUGCCAUGUCAUUUCGAUUCAGUCAUUACUUUGUCAGUUAUCUGUCAGAGUGCACUAGCUUAGCUAGUGGUGUAUAUACAGAAGUCAAAGAAGACAACGAAGCUGUCACUAAAUGGCAGUUUGAUGUCUCUAGACCAUACCAUGUUGAGUUACCACGAUCGCUAGUUGAAGUAGUAAUUCACUGGAAUAUUCCCAAUCAUGUUUUCCUAAAGAAUUAUGUUUUCAAGAAAGCAAGAUCUCUUGGUCGAUUUAUUGCCAUUUUUCUGACUUUUGGCUGUAGUGCUUUGCUUCACGGUUUGAACAUUCAAUUAGCGGCUGUUUUACUCUCUAUUGGAACCUACGCCUACAUUGAACACGUCCUUAGAGCACGGCUUGCAGGAUUCUUCAGUGCAUGUAUCUCGGCAAGAAAGUGUAAACCGGACUGUAAUCACCGUUACAAAGCUGGCCAGUUCUGGGUGAUAGCCGUAAAUCUUGCUUUUAGUUUUCUGUCCGUCUUYCAUCUGGCUUAUCUUGGUAUUAUGUUUGGAGGCGACGCAUCCGAACAAGAACAGGGUUUUGAUAUCAGACGCGCUCUGAGAAAAUGGACUGAACUGGACUUUGCAAGCCAUUGGGUGGCGCUAGCUUCAUUUAUGAUAUCUCUUAUCAUCCCAAAAAAUACAGCGAAUUAAACAAGAUAAACGCAAACUCUUCAAAUCAGGGCUGAAAGAAAUCUGUCGCCUCAACAUUGUCCUUGCGCAAUAAUGAUGCAAUAUUGUAGCAUAUUGAAGCUGGGAUUUCCGAGAUACAGCUUUCCAAGAAUAUUUUCAACUAUUGAGACUCACCUCACUUAUUAGAGGAAAGAAUAUUCCAGAAAGAGUUAGAAACGCUGGUUGGCUCGACAUGGGCUCGGACGCAAAGGAUUGAGACCAACGUCUUGUGAAUAAAUUGUGAAUAGAAGAAUUUGUAUUGAAAGGAAUUGACGAUUUUAUUUUUCGACGUGAAACAUUGAAUUCGCUCGGGUAGAGUGAUUUUCCGAAUUUUAUCUGUACUACAUCGAUAAAAUCAUUGCAGAUUAAUACGCUUAAGUGAAUUUUUGGGUUUAUGAAAAACCGCUCUAUCUAUGUAUUGACUCUGAAAUACAUUUGUAAAAUACGGAGAGUAAUAAUAUAUCAAAUGCUGCCAGAUUAGAUAAUUCUCAAGAUUUAAUUUAGUGAAUUUGUUAAGAUAUCUAAUGAUAAUCACAUUAUGGGGCUAUGUUGAUUUUAUCCACAAUGUACCACCCACAUCACGACAUGUGUUGCCCUUUGUUCACUGUUAUAGUGUUCAAUAAAGCCUACGAAAGUAA